AUGACGACACUUGGGAAGCACCCGCGCAGCGACGAGGAAAUUCAGAAUGCCGAUCCGCACUACAAACAAGAUGCUCUGAUCGAGCCAGAGCACGAAGCCUAUUCAGAUGAAAACAAGGCUGCUAAGCAAACGCUUUCAGGCCUUCUCCAUGAACUCUUGAACAUAUCACGUUCCCUCCUGUUACAUCUUGGCAACGAGCACAUUGGAUACUUGAUCCAGCAGCUCGAAGCAGCCUCUGUCAAGCCAGAAGCGGAGAAGCCUACUAUCGCAAUAUGUGGUCUUUCCGGUGCGGGCAAGAGUGCCUUCAUAAUUUGCUUGCUCGAUGUGCUGAACCUCACUCGCUCGAUCAGUAGCGGGAGCAGUGUGACCUGCCUGCCGACAACCUACAAGCAGCAGCUGCCAGGGCAAACCCUCCAUUUUGCAGCAGACAUAGAGUCCAUGACCGACCUUCGCCUGGCGACCCUCUUUCGCGAGCUGAUUUCUCACAUACGACGCUUCUACGUAGGCCAGGCCAGCGCUGCUUCCGCAAAUUGGACGCCUGAGGAAGAGGCCGACUACGAAGAGCGUGCCGGCACGAGCCUAAAGAUGAUCCUUGUCUCCUUCGAUGGCAAGGAGGAAUGGUCAUCAAAGGACAAGAUCAUCGAGCGCUGUUCUAACGCAGUCUCCGACGCGAAUUUGACUGCACUCAUGGGAGAGCUCGUUGAAUACUCCAAGGCGACGCUCAUCGAGCACGGCUUACUAAUAAUGGUGGAAGCUUCGUGCUGCGUGUGGAGAGCGGCACUGCUACGGGCUUAG